AUGUGGAAGGGUGCUAGUCAGAACGCCUCAAGAAACCGCCGACCGGUCAGUCGACGCACCGAGCAGCACGCAGCAUACCAGACACGGAGGAAACAGAAGGAAAACUGCCUAAAACUCACCGAGAAACGGCGACUUAAGCGCACCGCGCUUGGCCGCCCGACCUCACGGCCACACCAGAUCCACUGGUGCUCACCACCCAAACGCCGCACGCACCCGUUCGAUACACCAAAAAAUCCGCACCGCCCGUGCGCAUCUUUUGGUGUACUCAGCGGGCCUGAACUCGGCCGCCCGAGCAAAGCCGACAGCGGUUUGCAAGGGAACCGAAACAAAUCGCUACCGGAUUACGCAGCCGCACAAAGUUCGUCAAAUCCGACGCCCGCGAUCUCAAUCGCUAAAUCCGGUUCGCGCGACAAGUGCACGGCGACAGUCCGGUCACAACGCGAGCACGCGCGACAAGUUUGCUCCCAAACUCAGCCAACCAGACCAGUCACCCCGAAGUCCAAAAUCGGCCGACAAAAGCGUCCACCCAGCCACGACCAGACGUCUCACGUCCAGGCCCGUCAGCUGAUCCGGUCCACCUCGUCGAGCCCGAUCCAACAAGACCCCGAGCGGGCAAUUCCGUCCACCAGGACCCAGAUUCCCCUGAAGAUCUGCACGCCUGCCGUCGCCAAGGAAUCUACGACCGCGACCGCCUCCAAACCGGCCGCAAAACACAGCCGAACGACCAAUGGAAACAACCGUCGAAAGAAGACCAAGAAACCAAAGUUGGACAACAGAACACCUACAGGAGCACCCCUCGCACGGGGCAAUACAACCCCACUAGCGGAGACAGUGAAACAGCCCGAAUACCACCCGACCGAGCACGCCGAACAGCCCUUCACUCUAGUCGAGAAGGCAACCAGGAAGCCACUCGCCCCGAGACCCCAGCCGAUCAGGAGAACCGUCCAAAGACCCGCAGCGGUGCUGGUCAAAGUAGGAGAAGGGAAGACGUACGCGGACACGCUAAGGGCCGUCAGGGACACGGCUAUCGACUUUGAGGCGAUGGGAACCCACGUCACCGCUAUGAGGAAGACACUAAAAGGAGAUCUUCUGGUAGAACUUACCAAGGGUGCCAAGGCCAUGGCAGCCACCUCCGUCAUCCGGGACAAGCUGGCCGAAAAUAUGGUUGGAUCUGUAGUCACCAGGCUUCGCCACACCGCUGAAGUGGAGAUCACUGACCUAGACGAGGUCACCACAAAGGCAGAAGUCCUGGCUGCGAUCCUCAAGGCCUUACGUGAAGAAGACCUCCCCUCCGCAGACGACAUCAAAAUCACCGGCCUAUGGGCCACCCGAGACAGCCGCCAAAUGGCCACCGCCACCGUUCCCGUCGCCAUCAGCCGACGGCUGACAUCCAUCCGCGUCGGAUGGACCCAGUGUCGCGUCCGCCCGCGUAGACCCGAACCAGCACGGUGCUACCAAUGUCACGGCUUCGGCCACUCCACACGGCAAUGCAAAGGAUCCGACCUCUCGCACGCCUGUAGACGAUGCGGCCAAAACGGUCACACGCAGGCCAUCUGCACCGAGGGAGAUGACCUAUGCGUGGCGUGCGACCGCUUGAAAGCUCCGCGCGUACCUCACAAGCCUGGCUCCGGGGCUUGCGCCGCCCGUCGCAAAGCCAUCUCUGAGAUGAACGCCACUAACCGAACAUGAUCACUUUUCUACAAAUAAAUCUCCACCGGAGCGCCACUGCCCAGAGCCUGGCUCAACAGACCUCCACCUCCAUCGG